AUGACCGGAAAUUUUCCAAAUUGGAUAUUGGUCAACAAUGUAAAUCUAGCACGGUUCGAACUCACAGGCAACAAUUUGUCAGGUGCUUUUGAUUUGCCGUCCAAUUUGAAUCUUGUCAGCAUGCAGUGGUUCGAUGUGUCUGCAAAUGUUAUUGAAGGAGAGCUUCCACCAUGGAUUGGUUCUAUCCUCCCGAAUUUGGCAUAUUUGAACCUAUCAAACAACUUAUUAGAAGGUAGAAUCCCUCCCUCAAUGGGCUAUAUGAAAGUACUGGCAAUAUUGGACUUGUCAAAUAAUGGCUUCUCGGGAGAGAUACCAGAAACACUCGCUAAAGAUUGCUUGUCACUUUCUACGUUGAAACUGUCGGGCAACAAUUUGCAAGGCCAAAUGCUCCCGAGGUUUACUAACUUGAGAAAGUUAAAAUUUUUGUAUCUGGAUAGCAAUCGCUUUACAGGGGACAUAACACCUGGUUUAUUAAAUAGCUCCAUAUUAAGGGUUUUGGAUGUUAGUCAUAAUUUCCUAUCUGGAACACUUCCCAAUUGGAUUGGAGAUCUUCAGCUCUUGUCUGGGCUUAUGCUCUCGGGUAAUUUAUUGAGAGGUCCUUUACCAUUCAACUUCUGCAACUUAAUACGUCUCAGGCGUUUAGACCUUUCAAGUAACAACCUUGGGCCGGAUAUACCUCCAUGUACCAAGGUUACAUUUAUGAAGUACUUGCAUUUAACAAAUGACAAGCUUGCUGGGCAUUUUCCUGAGUUUCUUUUUGGAGCUUCAUCAAUUGUCACACUGGAUCUAAGAUACAAUGCAUUAUCAGGUGAGAUACCUAGCUGGAUUAGUUCACUUCAGACCUUGAAGGUUCUUCUAUUGCAAGGAAACAAUUUUGAAGGUUCAAUCCCUCUGGAUGUAUGCCUGUUGAAGAAUAUGAGCAUGUUGGAUCUAUCUAAUAAUAAUCUUUCUGGAAAAAUUCCUUCUUGUUUGAAAGAUUUGACAUUUGGAGAGUAUGGGUUAUCUAGUCGGUCUUUUCUCUUAAGAAGAUGGGUUGAGUAUUGGGAACUACACGACUAUAAGGUCAAAUUCAGUUUCACGUAUUGGUACCAUGAAGGUGACAUAUUUGGUAAUAUGGAUGUGUUAGAAGAAGUAAACUUCGUGACAAAGAGGAGGUUGGAAUCUUAUAAGGGUAACAUUCUAAAACUCAUGUCGGGAAUGGAUCUCUCUCAAAACAAUUUGAUUGGCUUUAUUCCUCCAGAGGUCGGUUACUUGAGUGAACUUAUAAAUGUAGAGAGCUUGGACCUGUCCUACAACAGAUUAACCGGUUCCAUCCCUCCACAACUAACAGAGCUCUACGCGCUAUCAGAUUUUAGUGUGGCUCACAACAACUUGUCAGGUAGGACACCAGAUCAAAAAAACCAAUUUGGAACUUUCGGUGAAGCAAGUUAUAAAGGUAACCCUCUUCUUUGUGGACCGCCAUUAACAAGCUGUGAUGGAUCAAAUCAGGAGCCGGGAACACUGCCAUCUUUUAAUCAUACCGGGGAGGAUGACUCUUGGAGAGAAGCCUUCUUGUGGAGUUUUGCAGGAUCAUAUGUGGUGGCGUUUUUUGGAGUGGUUCUUUUUCUCUACAUAAACUCGUACUAUCAGCAUGUGUUGUUCGAGCUUGUUCAUAAGCUUAUCCCAUCCUUUCCCGGGUAG